CGUACAUACCAGCCACCUCCGAUCCAUUCAGUAAAAGCGACCAUGCAAGAGUAAACGAUGUCAGAAUGAACGUAAAACCGCCACAGGUUAAACGUCGAAGGCAGCGCAAAAAGGACAAAGUUACAUUACCGUGUGGUUCGUUCCUGAUCUCUCUUAAUAAGCCAUGCCAAGAUAUACGCCUGAAUUUAAAUGAACUCAAAGAACAACUGACGAUCAAAGAUCUUCGCCUAUUAUUGCUUUCGUGGCUAGCUGACGGCGCACGACCUAGCUGGAUACAAUUGAAGCGAAGUCACCAUAUCCGCCGAUUCGUUGUUGUUCAUGCACCUGGGUUGAACAGCUCCAGCUUUGACAUCGGCUGGAAUCAGCAGCAUAUAUUCAGUAAAACAGCCAAUCUCUCCAAAACAUGCUCUUUUAUGCAGCAAAUGCCGUUUUCAUCUGGUUUAUUUGACGAGGUCAUUUCACUCAAACUCACCGUAAAAAGUCACCCUGUUGCCGAAUUUUGCCAAUGUACGAUAUCCAAUUCGGAAAGACAGCGACGAGCAAAUGCACGUCGAGCUAAUCUCAAGACUACUAAAAUGUACACAGUAGAACAAUGUAUCCUUUCGCUGGACGAAAUGCUUGAAGCAGGAUACCCUAUUCACUCCUCACUGUCUGGUCAUACUAAUAUACCUUCUAACUGGGUUGAGACGUACAAGAAGUCAGAUUUAGAUAUACAGAACAACCCAAGACUUAUUGCCUUGGACUGUGAAAUGUGCCUUACACAAAUCGGGUUGGAACUCGCCAGAAUAUCGCUCAUUGAUGAAGACAUGAAUGUCAUCAUGGAUGAAAUGGUGCAACCUUCGCACCCUGUCAUUGAUUACCUCACACGAUAUAGUGGCAUUCGAGAGGAGAAUCUGGUCGGCGUAACCACAUCGUUACAAGAUAUUCAACAAAGACUUUUGGAUAUCAUUGAUCAGGACACCAUUUUGGUUGGACAUAGUCUGGAGUGCGAUUUGAAGACACUCAAAUUGGCGCAUCCAAACAUUAUUGAUACUGCGAGACUCUAUCACCAUCGAAACGGUCCGCCUUUGCGACCUUCGUUAAAAUAUCUAGCUGCACGCUGGCUUAAUAGGAUUAUUCAAAGUGAUGAUGAUACGCUGACUGAUGACCUAGUAGUUGGCCAUGAUUCUUGUGUAGAUGCUGCCGCUAGUAUGGAGCUUGUCAAUCUCAAGUUGGCGCGCGGACCGGAUUUCGGAUUGUACUUUUCCAGCACAGAAUCUAUCUUCAGUCGACUCGAACGCUGUCGACCCUCACGACUAGGUGCCAUUUUUGAAACAUCAGGCUCUUCACGACAUUCUCCAUUUACACAACAUGCAAAAGCCGUGAAGAGAUGUGAUACUGAAGACCAGCUGGUGGAUGAAGUGAUAGAUGCCAUCGGGCGUUACGAUUUUGUAUGGGCUGGCCUGCAUGACCAUUCAUGGAAUCAACCCAUGUUUGACACACGCAUUCAGCCACCCGUCUCACCAACGCUUACGUCCGAAGAUUCAAAAGCCAACAGAUAUCAUCCCACACCGACACACUCUCCCACUUCCUUGUCUUGCUUGGAUGCUUAUGUGCAGAAGAUAUGGAGUAACCUCCCGGCCGGCACAGUGCUUGUAGUGAUUGGAGCUACAAAGAUAGACGACAGAGUAAGCCGAUCACCUCCUCUGACUCCAACCAGUGACUCCCAUGAAUUGAGUCUCAACAGCCCAAUGGAUGCUCUAAACCACAGAGCAGGAAUAUGUCUACUGACAUUGAAAUAAAAGGAUGUAAAAAAAAAACAAGGGCAGAUUUAUUGAUAUACUCUAGAAUAAUGGGUGAUAUAC